CUCAUCUUAAUGACAACAGUACAUGAAUGAUUCCAUUCCAUUCCAUUCAACACACACUUUUUUUUCCUUUCUUUUUUCUGGGGCCUCCAUUAGAAGAGACUACAUACUUGCUAGAUAACUCUUUCAUUUUCUCGACCUCAAAUGCUCUUACUCUACUAGGUAUGUUCAUGUCCAAAUUUCUCUUUUCAAAUAUUUUUUAUUUUAUCUAUGCGGUGAAUUUGAGUUGUGGAGGUUCUGUUCAUCAUCAUUGUGUUUUUUUCACUCCGUUUUGAUUGCUCUUUCCUCACUUUUUAUGUGAAGUUGGGUUGUUGAUGAUUCCACCCUUUUCUUUGAACUUAAAGAUGAAGUUAGUUUACUCACCACUUUGGUAUUAGAGAAGAGGAUUGCAUGUUGAUGAUGAUAAUGAUGGGAAAGACUGUUACUGUUUUGACCAGAGACUCUUUAUGCCUUCUCUCCUUUUCUCUUUUCCUUUCCCGCACGUUGCUUGUCCCGUGGAUUUGACGGGUCUUCUUCUACUAUUAUUCUUUUCCUCUUGAAUUAGAUUUAGAUUUAGCUUCUUUUGUUGGAUAGUGGGUAGUGUUUUCUUUCCAAAAGGGUAUUCGCAAAAUGCCGAUGUAUCAGCCAAAUAGCCAUAGAAAUUUAAGGCUAGAUGUGGGUGCUGGUGGACAAAUCCUGGAUCUAGAAACAGCCAUUAAAGAUGGCAUUUUGGGCGGCGGCGGCGGUUUAGUUUGUGCUGGCGUGACGGAGAAAUUGGAUCUGAAGAAGAUGAUUGAGGAGCUUGAAUCAAUAGAAGUGCCAUCCGUGUUUAUAUGUCCAAUUUCAUUGGACCCUAUGCAAGACCCAGUGACUCUCUGCACUGGACAGACUUACGAGAGAUCCAACAUUCUCAAAUGGUUCUCUUUGGGUCAUUGCACGUGCCCCACUACAAUGCAAGAGCUUUGGGAUGAUACGGUGACGCCAAACAGGACUUUGCAGCAGCUGAUUUAUAGCUGGUUCUCGCAGAAGUAUUUGGCUAUGAAGAAGAGAUCAGAGGACGUGUUAGGGAGGGCCACUGAGCUUUUGGAUUCUUUAAAGAAGGUUAAGGGUCAAGCUAGAGUGCAAACUUUGAAGGAGCUAAGGCAUGUUGUGGUUGCCCAUUCAAUGGCGAAGAAAACAGUGAUGGAUAAGGGUGGAGUUGCCUUGAUUUCUACUUUAUUGGGUCCUUUUACGACUCAUGCUGUAGGGUCUGAGGUAAUUGGUAUUCUUGUGAAUUUGGAUCUUGAUUUGCCAUCCAAGGCAAAUUUGAGGCAGCCUGCAAAGAUUUCCUUAGUUGUGGAUAUGUUGAAUGAGGGUUCGAUUGAGACCAAGAUUAAUUGUACGAAAUUGAUCGAAAUGUUGAUUGGAAGAAAAGAUUUGGGAUCAGAAAAUGUGUCAAGUUUGAGUCUUUUGGCGGGUUUGUUGAGGUUGGUGAAAGAUAAGAGACACCCCAAUGGAGUAUUGGCUGGACUCGGUUUGUUAAAUACCAUAUGUUUAGAUGAAUCUGUUAGGAACUCAGUUGUGAGCAUUGGGGCAGUUCCUCCAUUAGUGGAGCUAUUGCCCGGUUUGAAUAAUGAGUGCUUGGAAUUAGCACUUCAUAUUUUGGAGGUUCUGUCGACCAUUCCGGAGGGUAGAUUGGCUUUGAAGGACUGUGCCAACACAAUCCCUAAUGUGGUCAAGUUUUUGAUGAGCAAAUCAGAGAGCUGUACUCAGCUUGCAUUAUCAAUACUGUGGGCGGUUUGCAAUCUUGCACCAGAAGAAUGUGCAGCACUUGCUGUGGAGGCAGGUUUGGCAGCGAAACUACUUCUUGUAAUACAGAGUGGCUGCAAUCCUGUGUUGAAGCAGCGGUCAGUUGAGCUCCUGAAACUGUGUAGUCUAAAUUACACGGCUACUAUAUUUAUUUCCAAGUGUAAGCUUUCCAGAACGAUAGAGUGAAUGAAAUUGGCAGAUUGUUGAUAUAUAGCAUUUCUUUUACCUCGCAAGAGGCGAAGGAGCUCUUGGGAUCCGAUGGAACUCGUGGUGGGGGUUGGUAAGGUACCCCUCUCACUCGCCUGUGUAUAUUAAAGAGCUUUGAUACAUAGCAUUGAUUUUCCAUAAUAGAAGCAUCAUAACGUGUAUCUUAGGCUAAUCACAUGUUGUGUACCUGGCAAUCCACUGUCUCUAAGCUGGUGGUUUUACCAAAAAUCUCUUAGCGAGCGAGGUUGUUGUUGAAUUCAGCUGUUUUUGUUUGCCAAAGGGACUGAGCUGGGUCAUGGAUUCGUGAUUGUUUCCAUCCUCAACUAAUGUGUAAAGUAUGUCUCUAAUGGAGGUUCUGGUGGUUUGGAAAGUAAGGAAGGCGUUUGGGAAUGUGCAAUUCGUACAGGGAUGUAUGGUCAGUUGUAUUUGUAGUUACUUGUAUGUUGUUCCGUUGAUCCCCAGUUUUACACCCUUAAUUUGUAAGGGUUUUGUGGGGUGGAAGUAUAUUCUUUUAUUUCAGUUCUCAAGUAUCUUUUACCCCGAGUCUCAAAAGCUGUAGAAUGGCAGAGUUUCUUGCUUUCAUUGUAAAAUCAUGCUUGAAGAGCACCCGUUCGUAUUUAUACAUGCUUAAUCUAUUCCAUUUUUCACUUUU